GUCGACUCCUGAUCCGACUCACUGAAAAGAUCUGGAACUCCCAGUAGGAGCAUCAGAUGUGCCUUGAGAUAAAUUGAGCUUCUGAGCUAAAAAAAAGAAAAAAGGAAUAAAGAAAAGAAAGCCAUGAGAUCUGAUAAAGCGACAUGGGGAGCCUCGUUUUCUUCCAAACCCUCCCAGCUAUUGUCAAGAAGGAUUGAGCAGAGAAGCAGGUGAAGAGAACUAAUGAGGAGAGGAAGACUGAGACACUAAGAGGAGGGAAUUCAGGAAGGGAAGGGAAGGGAAGGGCUGCCGGCAAGCGUCGCUGACGUCAGAGAAGUGAAAAAGCGAGGGAACGGGAGGAGGAGAGCAAGCGCCAGGCAGAGAAGGAGAGAGCGACGGAGGAAAGCAUGGCUGGGAGUCUCUUUAACAGGCUGUCUCUGGAGGAGGCCGGCUCUCUUAACUCUCUCAGGAGUCCAGGAGCGAUGCACAGCGUCCUGGACACGCUGAGCGACAGCACCAGCUCCACCACGGCCAACGAUCUGGACCUCAUCUUCCUGAAGGGCAUAAUGGAGAGUCCUGUGGCCCAUGAGCGGUUCGAGGAGCCGAAACUGGAGGCAGUGAGGGAGAACAAUGUGGAACUGGUGCAGGACAUCCUGAAAGAUCUCACACCGCUCACCCAACAAAGCCAGGCAGCACAUGAACUUGCACGCAUACUCAGCGAGCCACACUUUCAGUCUCUGCUGGAAACACACGACUCUGUAGCCUCCAAAAGCUAUGAGACUCCACCACCCAGCCCCUGUGUCUUCAUGGACCCCGCCUUCAACAACCAGCCCGUCCCUCCCGAUGCUGUCAGGAUGGUCGGCAUACGCAAAGUCUCUGGAGAACAUCUGGGUGUGACGUUCCGUGUGGAAGGUGGAGAGCUGGUGAUUGCACGCAUCCUGCAUGGUGGUAUGAUCGAUCAGCAGGGCCUCCUGCACGUCGGUGAUGUCAUCAAAGAGGUCAAUGGGAAGGAGGUGGGCAGUGACCCUAAAGUACUGCAGGACAUGUUAAAGGAGGCCAGCGGCAGCGUUGUGCUCAAGAUUCUGCCCAGCUACCAGGAGCCACACACCCCCCGCCAGGCGUAUGUGAAAUGUCACUUCGAUUACGAUCCCGCUCACGACAAUCUGAUCCCCUGCAAGGAGGCUGGCCUUCGGUUCCACAGCGGCGAAAUCCUGCAGAUCUUCAACCAGGAUGACCCCAACUGGUGGCAGGCGUGUCACCUGGAGGGCGGCAGCGCAGGUCUGAUCCCCAGCCAGCUGCUGGAGGAGAAGAGAAAAGCGUUUGUGAAGAGAGACCUUGAGCUAAGCACAGCAGGACCUCUGUGUGCAGGCAUGGGGGGGAAGAAGAAGAAGAGAAUGAUGUACCUGACCACCAAGAAUGCAGAAUUUGACAGACACGAGCUGCUGAUCUAUGAGGAAGUGGCGAAGGUGCCGCCGUUCCGGAGAAAGACCCUGGUGCUGAUCGGUGCCCAGGGAGUCGGACGCCGUAACCUGAAAAACAAGCUGCUGAUGUCACAACCUCAUCGCUACGGCACCACGACACCCUACACGUCCCGUAAGCCCAAAGUGGAUGAGAAGGAGGGACAGAUGUACCUGUUCAUGUCACGCAGCGAGAUGGAGGUGGACAUUAAGAGCGGCCGCUUCCUGGAGCACGGCGAGUACGACGGUAACCUGUAUGGCACCAAGAUCAACUCCAUCCACGAGGUGAUCGAGUCUGGCAAGGUCUGCAUCCUGGAUGUCAACCCACAGGCUCUCAAAGUGCUGCGGACGGCCGAGUUCCUGCCCUACGUCGUGUUUAUCGAAGCCCCUGACUUCGAAGUGCUGAAGGAAAUGAACAGAUCUGCCAUCGAGGCUGGAGUCGUCACCAAACAGCUCACUGACUGCGAGCUGAAGAGGACGGUGGAGGAGAGCGAGAGAAUCCAGAGAGCUUAUGGUCACUACUUCGACCUCACCAUCAUCAACGACAACCUGGAUGGCGCGUAUCGCAGCCUGAAGGUGGCGCUAGAGAGACUGAGCACUGAGCACCAGUGGGUUCCUGUCAGCUGGGUGUUCUGAGCCACAUUGAGGCUCAUAUAUUUAUUUUAGAGUGCGGUGAAAUGUGAGCAGCUUGUAAAGAAACCUAAAAAAAAAAAAAAAAUAGAAAUGAGUCUAGAAACAGUUGUUUAAAUUCUACCAAAAUCACACCAGAUUAUUUUCAUGCUAGUUAUAUGACACAAAUCUAUUUUUUUUUCAGAAGUAAGAUUCUGUGAGUUUAGUGGUCAUGCAUUAAAAUAACACACACUCCCAGAUCACCCAGAAUUUAAAGAUGGCCGCUCAGGCAUGCAAGGCUUGUGUGAUUAGAUUGAUUUACUCGUUCACUGCCAUGAUCUUCAGCUACAUUUAGGUGCAGGUUUGCCAUUUAACUCUCGUAGACCUGUGUGAGAUUUUGCACUUACUGUUUAUGAACCCGCUUUACAAACCCACCGGCUGUGACGCAAAAGGCAAAAAGGUCACGCUCUGAUCAAUCCAAAUGAAAUGACCGUUAUCAGAGAAGUUGUCACUAAAGAGAGCAACACUACAUGUAUUAGGAAACACCUAAAAAUCCAGCGUCCUAAUGAGUUCUAAGCGUUGAUGCUGCCAACAAGCAGUUCCUGACCUGGUCUUUAUUCACAGCGCUCUGAAAUGAUGAGCCUCUAAACAGUAGCUGGAGGUGGGGUGACUGCACAGAGACACAGAUAAACUGCAAUAACUGGAUUGAGAAAAGAAAAGAUGUUGCUGUACAGAAACGUGCUGCAGCAGUGAUGUCCAUGUAGCGUCCACAUAAACCUAAAGACACUCAGCAGCACCACCCCACUGCUUUAGUAUCAUUUAUCAAGAUUUUUUUUCUUUAAAUGGUAAACAGCGAGCAGGUUGAAGUCAGUAUCUCACAAAACUAGCGCAUGUUUUCAUUACCACAAGAAAUUGAAAAGUUGUGUACAUGUUUUUGUGUGUACGACUGUGUGGUCAUUGUUUUUGUUUUGUUUUUUUUUUAAUUUAUUUUUUAUUAUUAUUAUUCUUUUUUUUUAUAUAUAUAUAUAUAUAUAUAUAUAUAUAUUAUUGAUGGAGUAAUGCUACCAUGUGCUACCAAAAUGAUCAGUGCUGUGGGUUAUAUUAGCAUUUAAGUUUACUUCAUAAUGUUUUUAUUUUUUUGUGAUUAAUUAUUACACAGUCAUGUUUCAGUCAAAGCAGGAAAUAGAAAAAAAAAUGAAUAAAGAAUAAUAAAUGAAAAAAGCUACAAAAAGAGGAAGUGCACGUCAGGACGUCAGGCAUUUUUAUUCAGCUGAAAAUGAAAACAAGUGUGAAUGUUGGACACUUCAUGCACCUAACGCUUGCAGCUUUGCUUGUGUGGCGGAAAAAGGGCGGAGCUACCAGAAACCGACCAGAGUGAAACCAUUUUCAAGAUGGCUGACGACAUUCCGUGGGUCUUACAAACAUCUUUUAAAUUAGCAGUAUGUGAUAUAUUUAACCACUUUAACCAUCUACCAAAAUUCUGCUAAAGCUAAUGGCGUCAUGCUAUGUAUGUUUGAUGUCAUUCACUAUUGACUUGGAAAUGGCUUCUACUUCCACAAAUCUGUAAGAUUCUGUAAGUUUCUGAGUGCCCUCUAGUGGUCAUGCAUUAAAAUAACACACUCUCAGAUCAACCGAAAUUUAAAGAUGGCCGCUCAGGCAUGCUAGACUUGUGCGAUUAGAUUGAUUUACUCGUUCACUGCCAGCAAGCAGUUCCUGACCUGGUCUUUAUUCACAGCGCUCUGAAUACUAAAUCUAACUAGCUAUAUGCUCAAGCUAACUCUAGCUACAUACUAAAGCUAGCUAGCUAUAUGCUCAAGUUAACUCAAGCUACAUACGAAAGCUAACUCUAAUGACACACUCAAGCUAUCUCUAGCUAUAUUCUAAAGCUAAUUAGUUAUAUGCUCAAGCAACCUCUAGCUACAUACGAAAGCUAACUAACUACAUGUUCAGGCGAACUCUAGCUACAUACUAAAGCUAACUAGUUAUAUGCUCAAGAUAACUGUAGCUACAUACUUAAGCUAACUCACCAGUUAACUCACUCGAAGCUAAGCUCCAUGCACUCACCAGACUGGACAUGAUUCGAGUCACUCGUUAGGAUUUGAUGCUGCGACUCGCUGUAGUUCAUUUACACAGAAUAAAAACACGCUAAUUUUGCUGUGCUGUAAACCGCAGUUCCGUAUCCCAGACGCACGUAGCAAAUGUAGCAAGCGCUGUCUGCUGAACGCGGAGGUUCAGUGGUGCAGCUGAUAAACGGAACGAAGUGACUGAUGAAGGGAAAAACAUUCCGUUUAUUACACGUGUAUUACACGCUUAUUACAAAAACUGGAGCCCAAACAUGAGUCAGCGAGUUUCUCUAUUAAUACAGUAAACAACAAUCAAUCUAUUAAAGGUGUGAAAAAGCGAUGGGGCUGAGAUGUGGUGUAAACGUGUGUGUGUGUGUGUGUGGUAUAUUAAGGCUGUAUAUUUGUACAGACGCUGUGUGAUGUUCAUUUCUAUCCCUCAUGAUGACAGAAGAUGAGGUUGUGCUUUAACUCUGUAAAUAAUCACCAGCUGUAGAACACAGUGUCCUGGACAUUAAAGCAGCAAUAAGUGUCCUGUCCUUUAGAGACGUUCCUGAAAGAAAGUGGAUUGAAGUUUGGUUCUGAUUCGGCUGUAAACACUGAUCACUGAUCCAGUUAUAAGUCUAAUAAACCAGAUCAAACCAACAAACGACUCACUCAGGAUUCAGGAGAUGUGUGUGUGUGUAUGUGUAUUUCAUUAAUAAGCACUUAUUAUUAAUGAAAUGAUCUCAGAUUAUAGUUUCGACGCACUCUGUCUUACUGAAACCUGGCUUAGACCAAAUGAAUACCUUGGCCUAAAUGAGUCUACUCCGUCAGGAUAUUCAUAUAAGCAUGAGCCCCGUCAGACAGGUCGUGGUGGUGGUGUUGCAACCAUCUAUCUUCCCGUUACUCAGAAAACAGGACCCAAGUUUAACUCAUUUGAAGUGCUUGUCUGUUCUACAUCACAGACCAUCACCUCUUAGUGUACACUCUACCUGUAGAACAUAUUAGACACGUCUCUCCACGUUAUAAACUUGGUAGAACUAUAACUCCGACCACUAAAGACAGAUUUACAAACAAUCUGCCAGAUCUGUCAAAACUUCUUACUAGAGCCCUAAAUGCAGAUGCACUAGAUGAAGUAACCAACAGCAUAGGUAAUAUUUUUACCAGCACACUAGACACUGUUGCCCCCAUCCGACUAAAAAAGGUCAGAGAUAAAACACCUGCACCAUGGUACAAUAGUCAUACUCACGCCCUCUAGAGAGCAACCUGUAACCUCGAGCAAAAGUGGAGAAAAACCAAAUUAGAAGUUUUUAGAAUUGUGUAUAAAGACAGUCCGUCCAACUAUAGACAGACUCUAAAAGCUGCUAGGGCUGAGCAUCUGAGCAAUCUGAUAGAAAUAAACCAGAACAAUCCCAGAUUCUUAUUUAGUACAGUGGCUAAACUAACAAAGCAUCAGAUUUCAACACAGUUUAGUAGUGAGGACUUUCUUCACUAAAAAAAUUGAUAGUAUCAGGAACAAAAUAUUGGAUGUUCAACCAUUGACGGCAUCCGGUGAUCCAGACCAGCCUAUAGCUCCACACUUAAAGCUACAAUGCUUUACCAGUAUAGGGCAGGAAGAGCUAGUUAAACUUAUCACCACGGCUAAACCAACAACGUGUUUGCUAGAUCCAAUUCCAACUAGACUGCUGAAAGAAGUGAUACAUGCAGCUGGAGAGCCUCUUCUCAAUAUUAUUAACUCUUCAUUAUUUCUAGGUCAUGUCCCAAAAUCUCUUAAGUUAGCAGUUAAGAAACCGAAACUAGACCCUGAUGAAAUAUCAAAUUACAGACCGAUUUCAAACCUUCCGUUUAUAUCAAAAAUAUUAGAAAAGGUGGUGUCAGCUCAAUUAUGCUCCUUCCUACAGGAAAACAAUAUCCUUGAAGAAUUUCAGUCGGGUUUUAGGCCCCAUCAUAGUACAGAAACCGCACUGGUUAAAAUCACAAAUGACUUGCUUUUAGCUUCGGACCAAGGCUGCAUCUCGAUAUUAGUCCUGCUUGAUCUUAGUGCUGCAUUCGACACUAUAGAUCAUAAUAUUCUCAUAGAUCGCUUACAAAAUCACAUAGGUAUGCAGGGACAGGCAUUAAAAUGGUUUAGAUCCUACCUGUCUGAUCGAUAACACUUUGUAGAUUUAAAUGGAGAACUGUCCAGUGUAGUGCCAGUGAAAUACAGGGUCCCACAAGGGUCAGUUUUAGGACCUCUGCUUUUCUCAGUAUACAUGCUUCCAUUGGGUAACAUCAUUAGAAGGCAUGGGGUUAGUUUCCGUUGUUAUGCCGAUGAUACCCAGUUAUAUAUUUCAUCAAAACCAGAUGAAAUACCUAAUUUGUCUAGACUAACUGAGUGUGUUAAAGAUAUUAGAGAUUGUAUGACCAAUAAUUUCCUAUUAUUAAAUACUAAUAAGACAGAGAUAUUACUUAUUGGCCCAAAAACCAGUACACAAAAGCUCUCGCAAUUCAGCUUGCAUCUAGAAGGAUGCACUGUUACCACUAGCUCAACAGUGAAAGAUCUGGGCGUAAUAUUAGACAGCAACUUCUCCUUUGAAAAUCAUAUUUCCAAUAUCACAAAAACAGCCUUCUUCCAUCUUAGAAAUAUUGCCAAGCUUAGGAACAUUUUAUCUGUAUCUGAUGCAGAAAAACUAGUUCAUGUAUUCAUGACCUCCAGACUGGACUACUGUAAUUCAUUACUAGGUGGUUGUCCUGCAUCUUCAAUAAACAAGCUACAGUUAGUCCAGAAUGCAGCCACCAGAGUUCUUACCAGAUCAAGAAAAUAUGAUCAUAUAACCCCAAUAUCAUCAUCCCUGCACUGGCUACCUGUUAAGUUUAGAAUUGACUAUAAAUUAGCUCUACUCACAUACAAGGCUCUAAUUGGUUUAGCUCCCACCCAUCUCUCCAGUCUUCUAACAUGUUACAGUCCACCACGCUCUUUAAGAUCGCAAAACUCUGGACUUCUAGUAGUUCCCAGAAUAUCAAAGUCCACAAAAGGGGGUAGAGCGUUUUCGUAUUUAGCUCCUAAACUUUGGAAUAGUCUUCCUGACAGUGUUCGGGGCUCAGACACAGUCUCCCAGUUUAAAUGUAGUCUAAAGACUUAUCUCUUUAGCCUGGCAUACAUCUAACACAUCCCAUAACCUUGUGCCCAAGUACAUCUGAUUAAAUGCACAUUAUCAUCUAGUACUGCUAAUAUUAUGAACAGCAGCUACACUAAUGCUGUCCCAUCGUUUCCCUUCUUCUACCCAUCCCGAGGCAUACAGAGACUGUGCUGGCUCCAGUGGCAUCCGGAGAUGGACCAGCUCCAGCCGGGUUCUGCUUUGUGAGGAUUGGGAUAUUCAAGCAGCGAUGUGGACAACAACCUUCUUAUCGAUUUACAUAACAUUAUACACAUGCUGUAUCUGCAUCAUACAGUUGUCACCCAAAUGAGGAUGGAUUCCCUUUUGAGUCCUCAUAACGUCUUCCUCAUACCAUAUAAGGGAGUUUUUCCUUGCCACAGUCGCCUCAGUCACCUCAGGCUUGCUCACUUGGGAUAACAUCUAGGACUGUCUGUCUGUUUAUAUGUUUGUUGUUUUCUUAUGUUGUUUCUUAUGUAAAGCUGCUUUGAGACAAUGCUCUUUGUUAAAUGCGCUAUAGAAAUAA